GAGAGAGAGAGAGAGAGAGAGAGAGAAGCUGUUCAUACCGCGCAGUUGGGCGAGAAACGACCUUUUACAUGUUGGAUUCAGAAUCAUAUAAAAGAACAGACUCGACUCCCGAAGGGAUUUAACUCUUUCUCGCUCGAGCGGAUCAGCAAAGAUAGACGUGCCCUGCAGCCAUGAGACGAUGUGGACCGAUUGGAGUCGGAGUUCUCUAAAGCACGUCUGUGCCAGAAGUGAAAUCUGCCUUUUUGCCACUUCACUGUGAUUGGUCGAGGUCUAUCUGGGGAGGCGUGGUCCUGCCCCACUCACACAACAUGUGCAUAGGAAGCAGAGGACAAAGUCAGCGUGUGGAGCCCCUGCUUGCUCCUCUCAGCUCGGGAUGCACUCUUCCCUACAGCCUUUCCCAUUCUACACGUUGCCCCAUUUUACGGCCCUGAUACCACACCGGGCACCAUGAACAUGUACAGAGACCCUGGCCCUCUCUCUCAGCCCCUCCCCCCUGUUCACCUGCGCCUGCCGCUCCACAAUGGCCACGCCUCUCCGGCCGACGGCAACUUAUCUCGCGUGUCUGUGCCCAAGAUGGGCGUACGGGCUCGCAUCGCCGAUUGGCCCCCAAGGAGAGAGCUUUCCCGAGAAUCGCUGCUGGAAAAUGGGCAGGGUGUGGCAUCAGAGUGCAGUAGUGGCGAGGAGGGGUUUAACCGAGGGGGUAUGGCAAGGGUGCCACAGCUGCGACGCAGUAAGGAUGCAGAGUUCCGAGAGGGACGAAAUCCAAGGGAUGUCCCAGGUUCUCCGGCACGUUUCCGGAUCCCAGGAUUCGCUCCACUGCGCCAGCGUUCCAGCAGCGAAAUCACGUUAAGCGAACAGGAUGAAACGGAAGUCGAAGGCCGUCUGUUCCGGGUGUACGGCAGCACGUCGUCCAUCAACGUCCAGGCCGUGCCUGAGGAGAGCUUCUUCGACAUGCUUAGUCAGUUUCAGCAGGAGAUGCCAGACCAACGCAGUGCUGCCCCUGCCAGGCUUGGAGAAUUACUGCGAGCUGAAUCCUCACUCAUCCCAUCCCCUUCUCCUGUCCCUUCCAUCCCUCGUUCCGAAGAUCGCCCUGAGAGCCGAGUGCGCAAAAAGAGUGGCGGUACGGAAUCAUCCCUCGGGACCUCAUCCCUGUUUCGUAAGCUUCGCAACACCAACAAGGGAGAUUCCGAAGCCUCACGCAAUGACUCAGAGGAGAUGCGACAGUCAGAGACUUCUCUCAAACCAUGGCUGUGUGUUCGCAGCUUUGCACACUAUGACGCUCAGAGCCUCUUGUUUGACCUACACGAGGCAGCUGCCCAGCGCAGCUAUGCAGCCCAAAGACGUAACACAGCCACAGGGGCGUCCUCAGCUUCUGCCACUUCCUCAGCAGCCGUCUCAUUGGCUGUGACCCGUGCUCUGGCUCUGGGCGGAGCCGAACCCACCUUCUCUAGUACGGAUGACCUAUGUUUGUUAAUGGAGGGCUCUUCCUUGGGCACAGAAGCCUGCGAGUCAGCAGGGUUGGACAGCUUGAACUCAGGUCCUCAGCAUCAGCUUCUGCUUACCUGCCCCAACUUCCUGAAUGAGACUGGGAGUUAUGGCGAGCGUAACGUGAGCUUUCUGAGCUCAUGGGCAGAGCGCGGGGAGGCCAGGCUACGUAUGCGCUGUACUAACGCCAGCAUAUCCGUGUUGGAGGUGGGGCCAGAAGAGCAGGCCACACGCAUGGACAGACUGCAGAAUCACAGCAUAGAGCACGUGGACCUGGGAGCCCGAUACUACCGGGAAUACUUCAACGGGAAAGAGCACUGUAACUACUUUGGAACAGAUGAGAAGUUGGGGCCCGUGGCUUUGAGCAUCCGCAGAGAGAAACUGGACGACACCAAAGAGCUGAAGGACCAAUACCAAUAUCGCAUCAUCUUCCGUACCAGUGAGAUGGUGACUCUACGAGGCUUUAUCCUGGAGGAUGUCGUGCCCUCCACGGCGAAACACGGGACGGUGCGAGGUAUGCCCCUGAAGGAGGUGCUGGAGUUCGUUCUGCCGGAGCUGAACCUGUCGUGUCUACGUUUGUCUCUCAACACCCCCAAAGUCACCGAGCAGCUGCUGAAACUGGACGAACAAGGCCUGAGCCAGAAGCAUAAGGUGGGCAUCUUGUUGUGCCGAGCAAAUCAGAGCACUGAGGAGGAGAUGUACAACAACGAGGAGGCAACACCAGCCUUCACCGCCUUCCUGGAGCUGCUGGGGGACACAGUGUGUUUGAAGGGAUUCAACAAGUAUGCUGCUCAGCUGGACACCAAGACCGACUCCACCGGGACGCACUCCUUGUACACCACCUAUCAGGACUACGAGAUCAUGUUUCAUGUUUCUACAAUGCUUCCGUACAUGCCCAACAACCCCCAGCAGCUCCUGAGGAAGAGGCAUAUAGGGAACGAUAUUGUGACCAUCAUCUUCCAGGAGCCGGGCGCUCUGCCAUUCACGCCCCAGAACAUCCGUUCUCACUUCCAGCAUGUCUUUGUGAUUGUUCGCCUUCACAACCCCUGUUCCGAGAACACCUGCUACAGUGUUGCAGUGACACGCAUGAAGGACGUGCCCCCAUUUGGACCGCCCCUGCCUCCCAGCGGCGCGACCUUCCGCGACCCUGCUUCAUUCCGCUCCUUCCUCUUGGCCAAGAUCAUCAACGGCGAGAACGCUGCACAUAAGUCAGAGAAGUUCCACACCAUGGCUGCUCGCACUCGUCAGGGCUACCUGCGGGACUUGGCCGAGAACUGUGCAAGCACCACGCCGCUCGACACGAGCGGCAAGCUCAACAACCUCAUCUCACUCGCCUCCAAGCGGCGUGAGAGAGUACGGGCACGCCAGGGGGCGGAGCUCGGUGCUGCUGGAGCGGUGGCCUGGCGGGUCGUGGCUCAGGAUUUCAGUGGAGGUGGAGCAGAGCUCCCGUGCGUGCUGGCAAUCUCCACAGAGUACGUGGUGCUGGCUGACUGCUCCACAAAAGAGGUGGUGUUCAACUGCUUCUGCGCCGACGUGAUUGGCUGGACAGCUGAAAGGUUGAACUUAAAGCUCUAUUAUGGCCGAGGGGACCACGUGGCACUGCGCGUGCCUGAGGGCGGAGCCCAGGACAUCCGAGAGGUGCUUCAGAGGCUAAAGGGGCUGACAGUCGGCUGCGAGACGGUGGACAUGACGCUCAGACGGAACGGUCUGGGCCAACUGGGUUUCCACGUGCGCUUGGACGGCACCGUUUCCGAGGUGGAGGAGUACGGUUUCGCCUGGCAGGCGGGUCUCCGGCAGGGGAGUCGAUUAGUGGAGAUCUGCAAGGUCGCUGCAGUGACCCUCACACACGACCAGAUGAUCGACCUGCUGCGCACAUCGGUCACUGUUAAAGUUGUUAUUAUCCCACCGUUUGAGGAAGGAGGAGCCCGCAGGGGCUGCACAGAGGAAUACGAGAUGAAGACCCAUGAGCAGAAAGGCGAUGCAGAGCCGAUGGCAGCGAGUUACCGUUCCAGCCAGCGAGGUCCGGCGUGGCGUUGGGAAAGUCCCCCUACAGCCCCCUCAGCACAGCGCUGGACUCCUGUAGGGCCUCCAUCGGGUCCCGGCCGCACACACAAGGGACUGGUGCCUGUUCCAUACAGAGAGCCACAACACGUUCCUGCUAAAAGACCUGUCAGUUACCCUGAGAACCAAUACAGCGUGUCUCCAGUGGGGGCAGAUAGAAGUUUGCCCUACCGCAACCCCUCUGCCAGUUUCUCCAGCCCGGGAUCAGGCCUCGGCCCUGCAUCCCUGAGCGGCCCGUUCGUCCGUUACAAACCCUCUCCAGACAGGUUCAGCUCGGCCCAGCGCUCUCUCCAGCCGUAUGAUGCUCAUCUGACCCUUGAUGGAUCCAGUGGAGAUUCCUCAUCCGGCUUCACCAGCCAGGAGAGCACUAUGGAGCGCAGCAAGACAGAGCCCAUGUGGCAUGUCGCAGCUUCAUCACGGUGUACAUCCGGAAGCGGAGCACAGAGACGACAAGGUCGCCAGGAUUUGCAGGGGAAGGACUCGCCAAACCGACACUCUAAGGGUGAGACGCUGUACUCCAGCCACUCCAGCAGUAACACUCUGUCCAGUAACGCCUCCAGCAGCCACAGUGACGAGCGCUGGUUUGACACCAUGGGUGCCAGCACCUCUGGUACCCUCAGUGACCCCUGUGACCCAUGUGAUCCCUGUGACGCCGACCCCAUGGGGAAAGGAGGCUCCAGCGACAGUGGCAUUGAUGCCUCCACUCUGUACGCUCCCACCUCCAGCAGCAAAUCAGGCAAAGUGAGCCGGAGUCACGCAGGGACGCCACAUAAAAGUCUUCACUCUUCAGCCACAUACAGCGGCCUGCACGAGCUCUCUGCCCCCGCAGCCAGAGUGGGGGAGGGGCUCCAGCGAGAGCCAUCACCUGUCAUAACUGCAUCAGCCAAUCAAAGCAAGAGUUACCGCACGCGUACCUUCCCUCCACCUGGCUCAGCCAGCACAGACAACUUCAAACCCAGAGCCUGCUACACACCUCAAGGAUUUAAGACCCCAGCUGUGCCUGACAAGCCCAGGCCUUUCCGAGCUUCCACAGUCACGCCCACGUCAGGCUCAACCCAGCUGUCCACCUCCGCCCCCAAAUCCUUAUAUGCUAAAAACAAGCAGGGUGCAUGGCAGCAAGAAGAAAGCAGCCCAGCCACUAUGUCCUCAACCUCCAGCAACAUAGACAGCAACAGCAAGCAAGUGGACAUAAACAGUAAGAACGUGUUUGGACAGCCGCGUCUGAGAGCCUCUCUGAGGGACCUGCGUUCUCCUCGCCGCCCUGUACAAAAGAGCACCAUUGAGGACGACCUGAAGAAACUCAUCAUCAUGGACAAUCCAGCCGACACACCACAAGAAUCUUCUCCUCGAAAGACCCUUCAGCGAACCUUCUCAGACGAGAGUUUAUGCAGUGGGCGGAGAGACUCAAGCUUUGCCAACACACCACUUUUUGAUGGACAGGCACCAUCCAACGACCUGCUCUUCACCAGCACACUCCCCACUCGUCGCCACGGCAGCAGCACCAACCAUGGUGCCAUCUUGCCCAAUAAGAAAGUGCCAUUGUCUGCAUCAGAGCUGUCACUGACGGAGGUAAGGGAUAAAGUGCCCCCCCUGCGCAGACUGGACCCUGGCCUCAUGCCCCUUCCUGACACAGCAAGCGGUCUUGAGUGGUCGAGUCUCGUCAAUGCUGCAAAGGCCUAUGAAGUGCAAAGAGCAGUUUCUCUCUUCUCGCUGUCUGAGCCGCAUGUUGGAGGAGCUGAGCUGAGACCUGUAAUAAGUCCAGUUCCCUUUCACACACCACAGACCCCUCGCACUACACCCACCUUCAGCAGUGAUGAGGCUCCUGGAGACCUGUCAGGCCGACUGUACCACCUGGAGGUGAUGUUGAAGCAGCUGAAUAAUGAUCUAGAGAAGGAGAAGCAGGAUAAGGUGGCUUUGCUGGCUGAGAUGGCUCACCUGAGGGAGAACAACCAGCGUCUUCAGGAGGAGUCACACUCAGCUAGCGAGCAACUCCGCAAGUUCAGCAAGCUCCUUUCCUCCACACCAGACAGGAAGUGAACUCUUGACACGCUCUCUGUGAGGAGAGGAAGCUAAAACCACGAGCAACAGUUAGAACAGGGAGCUUAUGGAUGACUCCCGUACCCUAGCUGCUCUCUCUCUCACACACACACACACACACACACACACAGUGUGAUGAUUACACUGCUCUUCACCUCACCACUCUCUCCACACAAGACCGAACACUAAGACAGAAAAAUAAGAGAGGAAAAUGACGGAGAGAGCAGAAAGAGAGAGACCACGAAAAACUAAUACACCUUUGAGUGGCUUUGGGACUUGAGAUCUUUCACUGGAAGAGGAAAAGAUACAGGCGUUUUUAUUUUUUAGAACUCAUGCCAAGUAAGUCCCAAUGCCUUGUCUGGGAGAGUGAUGAAUACAUUCCCUUCACGGCUAUUUUCCCAACCGUUGCUUUAUUUUUCUAAUGGACGAGUCUUAACGGACACACGGACACCAAACCUGAGCCAGUUGAACUGAGAGAUAUUCAGAUCGUACAGCUUGCAUUCAGAGAGGCCUAUUACUGUACAUGCAGCUCUUCAGCCAAAAAGAGAGGGACUGUGGUCCUGCGCUGAGACUACACUUCCCAGCAUGCAGCACUGUAGAGCGUGCCAAGGGAAAACACGGUACUGUAGAUUUGAACUGAGAUACGAUUCUCUUGGUCCGACCCACAGGUUUUAUAUAUAUAUAUAUAUAUAUAUAUAUAUAUAUAUAUAUAUAUAUAUAUAUCUAGAGACAUAUACAUACUGAUUUACAGGUACACGGUACAGUCAAGUAGAUCAAGAUAUUGCCAUUUACAGAUAUUGUUUGAAACACAUCGGGGUAACACCUGACAUUAUGUGAUCCUCUGCUUAAACAUUGUAAACGAUCUUAAACGAACGGUUCAACGAAACCCAAUUCAGUCACUAAUGUAAAUAUCAAGUGAUGGACUUCACUUCCAUAUUUCACCCAAAAUCGUUUCCCUAAACGCACGGCCUUCUUUAGAUGCUCUCCGCACACGUCAUUAGGCCACGUGUAAACAUAAAGGAAUUCGUCCUUUAGAAGGCAUAGUCGAUGCUUACAAAGUCCAGUCUGAUGCGCGUAACUUUCAGCUUCCUGCUUUACAUAUUUGACAGGUUCAGCUUUAGGAGCUCUUUGCUUGUCAAAAUGUCAAGCUGGAAGAUUGUGGUUCCCUCAGAUUGUGUGCCCUCAUAUUGUUUUUUUUUUUUUGGUUUGUUUUUAUUUUACAGAUGUCUGUAAGUUUGACCUGAGUAUGACCUGUCACUUGUAUGACCUGAAACCACAGCUCUGGUUGUGGACAGUGGUGUUAAAUGUUCUAUAAGAGUAGCUCGUAACAGUAACAUGUUAUGAUCUUGUAACAACUAAUUGGCUGUAAUUUUCUUUAAGAAGACAUUUAUUUAAUAUUUAAGAAUGAGUCUUGACUCUCAGGUGUCAGUAGGAGUAUUCUUCAGGACCUUCAGAGCUUACAGAAAUGAAAAGCUGAGAUAUUUGGGUGAGGGAACAACACUGUUUCAUGUACGUUCCAUAGCAUUAAAUGCAACUAGAUAUAUGCACAGAAUAAAUAAAAAAAUUCCAAUCGUCGACAAAUCGCGGUGGUAUUUAGACGAGCAUUUCCGGGAUGUGCCGUCAUAGGAGAAUAAUCUGUAAUCAGAUUAGAAUUAAUGUAAUCAUCAACCACAUAUCAUGCCCCUUGUUUGUUGAGGAUUUUCCUGUAACAGUUAUGUACCCAAGUCUUCUAUAUUUUACAUACGGCCUGGAUAAGUUAAAUGAAGAACUGGAUCUUGUUUUUUUUUUGUUUGUUUUUUGUUUUUCUAUUUGGUCAUUUUGCCAAUUUUCACCCACUAGCAGAUUCAGUUAGACCCUUGUUUAUGGAAACAGUCUUGGGUGAAAAAGAUUUGGUUGCGAUUUAAGUCCAUUCCAACACUAGCUACACUAAAUAUCUCUCUGCUGAUCGGCUCCACUUUUGCUGAACCCUUCCUUUAAUGGCGUGACGGUCAUAUCGACGCAAACACAUCAUGACAUCAUGUACUGCAGUUCCUGUUCUCACACUGCUGGUUUCUGUGUUAUCCAAGACAUAAUUCUUUGCACAGAGUCAGUACUCGUGUUAUGCUUCUUACAGUGUCUUCCCCCAAGAGUACUGUACUUUUUAAUGACUAAACGUGAUUGUAGAAUAAAUAAUCAGUCAUGGCAUCUCGGUCUCCGGCCCCGCACGUGGUGUUCUGCAGGACUCGAUCCUGGAGAUGUGUUCCUUCUUAAAGCAUCGCCAUCACUACUGUACAGAAUUACUACAGUAACAGAGUUACUGUAAAACACAGGACCAAUUAGAGCGAAUGCUCCUAGAACUGUGAUGCUCAUCUCGUUUUCCCCUUUCCAACGCUUUGGCGUUGCACUGUGUGUAAACUUCGGCUUCGUCGCCCGAUUGAGACGCUGUAUGUCUGUAUGCAACAGAGACACAACAGCGCCUGCGCUUGUUCAGCAGCGCCUUCCACACAUAAUCUAUUUUUCUAUUUACCUCUCGGUUUAGGCGUAUCAGGUGACACGACUGUUGGCUGUUUUUAAAACCAAGAACAAACAGAUCCAUGUCUGGGUUAAUGCACUUGUAGGUUUCCUCAUCCCCUGCACUGUAAGGAGAUUAGUCACUCUUCAUGAGGCUUUUUUGUUAGCAUUAGAGCAGUUUAAAGCGUUACAGUAAUUAAAUUAGGUUUGAUCCAGAACAGUUGCUCCUUAGCUGUCAUUAGGUACUUCUGUAUAUACAAGCUUUAAUAUGACAUACUGAACCGACGCAUCCCCAACUCUCCCUUUAAUCUGGUCUAACUGGAAAACAUUGUCUCAUUUCUCAGGACUCAAUUCACCCUCGAUGGCCUGAACUAUUUAUUUUAUUUAUUAAUGCGUCGGCCAGAGGGUGGCGUUAUGUUUUAUAUUCUAUACUUAAUUAAAACACACAUACUGUACACACACACCUGGAGAGAGCUGUUUAGGAAAAACCCACCCUGAAGCACUUGAUCAUUAAUCUGGCAUCCAAGAUGUGUUUUAUAACAACAUUCAGUCAGUUGGUUUCCUACGUUACUCACAAUGCCGUUCGAUUACCUGCAGAUUAGUUUGGCGAGAUUUAGCCCUAACUUCAUCCCUGCUUGUGCAGAUUAAUAGAGCAAUGUUUGAAUCCUUUAGUGUGUCCAGCUCAGGCAGAUCACACUCAUCAUCUCGUACCUCUGCACAACUCCGUUGCACCAUCGUCUUUUCUACUCCUACAUUGGACUUCUCGUUAUUAUGAUUUUGAACAUCUCUGGAAAAAGGUCUCUAAUAACAUACUCUUAUGUUUUUAGUAGAUAACAGCAAACCUAAACGUUUAAUCAGUGCUUUAUUUUAGAAUCAUUUUUCUUCCUCGUAAAUGGCAUUUCGGCCACGUCUCAAAAUGUAUACUUAUGCACAAUAUUCUCCGCCGUUUUGUAGUGUAAAUAGUGUGUAAAUAGUAGUACGGGAUGAGAAAAAAAUUCAACAUCCCCGACGACACUCCUGUGAUCAAGAUCCUAACCCUGACUGUGGGUCGUUGAUUAGAAAGUUUGACCCCAUUGACAAGCUGCCAUUGUUGGGCCCUUAAACAACCUUUCUGACUCCAACAUCCUAAUCUUGGUCAUGCAGAUGUAAUGUAAUGUGUGGUAUUAAUAAAGGCUUUAAUAAAGUUAGCGGUGUCACUUUAUGUUUAACCUUUAACAUAAUUUGCUAUUGAAACAUUUGAGGCAAUGCUACCCUUCUAAAGUUCAUACACGAGCUGCUAGAGUGCAUUUGGGACGCAGCUCUUGUCUUCACAGGACUAACAAAAACACUGCAGCGUCUUGCAGACUAGCACCAAAAUCACCAACCCAUAUAACCCUACUGUAUUAAGUGUGUUUCAGGGUGGAGCUUUCCUUUAAAAACAUUCAGAGAUACAGUUCAGAGAUACAACUUUUUUUUUUAACGUGACUAAACUGGACUAUUUCUAAAUUUCUCGUCAUAGAUAAAAUAAAAAGCAUAGACUUAUGAUAGAGCCUGUGACUUUUGUAAGUCCUUCUCCAUUGCCACUCGUUAUCCUGGUCAGCCUUCUUCGUUCUCACUAAACGCCAACAUCAGGUCAUCUUCUCCUCACCAGCUACACUCACGGACUCACGUGAAUCUCUGCGUGACGAUUAUACGCACCAUCGGCUGUCUUAAUUCUUUGGUUUGUUUGACGGUGGAGGUGUUUUUAAUGUUUUCAUUUAGUUUGAACUUUUAAGCUACAAGUGAUCUACAGUUCGCUGAACCUGUGCACACGAAUUAAUCAUUAAACUGUAGUCCAGCUGUAAAAUUUGCCACAGUCUUAUGUGUACAAAUUUGGAUUAUUUAUUUAGGAUCUCUCUCUGUCUCUCUCUAUUUCUCUCUUUCCUUCUCUCUCAGACACAUCAGCCAUUUUUCAGUGAAAUAAAAAGAAUUUUGGUUGAUUUUUUUUUAGUUAUAAAUAAGUUAUACCUGACAUUUGAUUUCUACACUUUUGUACAUUGCUAGAUUUUCAUGAUUUUUAUUUUUAUUUUUUAUUUGUUUUCAAUUUUUUUUCUCAUAUGUUUCCAUGCUCAGUUUUGAUUUAUGCCUCGUAAAAUCUGAUAACUGAUUUAUCUUUCAGUUUCUCCUGGGAACCUCAUAUUGAUGAGUGUACAUUUAUUACGUGUAAAUUAUGUUUUCAAUAUUUUAUAAAAAAAAAUAAAUAAAUAAAAAACUAUAUAUAUAUAUAUAUCUAAAUAUAUAUAUAUUAAAAAUAUUUCUGAUUGAAUCUUUGCUUUGCAUGUGUGAACAUUAAUGUGAACACCUAGAGUGCACUUUGAUGUUUGUAGGACACAUGAACAGGGUUUUUUUCUAAAGGAGAUUUUGUUUCAAGAAAAACCAAGAUGAUUUUUAUUAAAGUGUCUGAUGUAAAAUGAAAGACAUGGACAGUCAGACAGGAAGGUCCAGUUUCUAUUAAAACCUUUCAAUGAA